AUGGGAGACGUGGCCGUGGAGAACCCGGCAAACAACGUCACGCCUCUUCCCAAGCCAAGUGCCUUGGAUGCCCUUGGGAACUUGGACUCCUUGGACGGAACAGGAGCCGAUGGAAACGAUGAAUAUGCCACCUUGAAACGGUUACAGAGACACCUAGAAUACAUUCAGCUGCAGGAGGAAUACAUCAAGGAUGAGCAGAGGAGCUUGAAGAGAGAGCUGGUUCGGGCACAGGAGGAGAUCAAGCGUAUACAAAGUGUCCCGCUGGUGAUUGGACAGUUCAUGGAAGCUAUCGAUCAAAAUACUGGUAUCGUGCAGAGCUCGACCGGGUCCAACUACGUUGUUCGCAUCCUCUCCACACUUGACCGUGAGAAGCUGAAGCCUUCAUCCUCGGUUGCCCUCCACCGACACUCCAACGCCCUGGUCGAUAUUCUCCCCCCGGAGGCCGACUCUUCGAUCGCGAUGCUAGGUGACAACGAGAAGCCAGAUGUGACUUACGCCGAUAUUGGUGGUAUGGACAUGCAGAAGCAAGAGAUUCGGGAAGCCGUCGAGCUGCCGUUGACACACUUCGAGCUCUACAAACAGAUUGGUAUUGACCCACCCCGUGGUGUCUUGCUCUACGGUCCCCCGGGUACCGGUAAAACCAUGCUGGUUAAGGCUGUGGCAAACAGCACAACCGCCAGCUUUAUCCGUGUGAACGGCUCAGAGUUCGUACAAAAGUAUCUUGGAGAGGGUCCUCGCAUGGUCCGUGAUGUGUUCCGGAUGGCGCGCGAGAAUUCUCCCGCCAUUAUCUUCAUUGAUGAGAUUGAUGCCAUCGCUACCAAGCGUUUCGAUGCCCAGACUGGCGCCGACCGUGAGGUUCAGCGUAUCCUGCUGGAGUUGCUGAACCAGAUGGACGGUUUCGAGCAGUCUAGCAACGUCAAGGUCAUCAUGGCCACCAACCGAGCCGACACCCUGGACCCCGCCCUGCUGCGUCCCGGUCGUCUAGACCGAAAGAUCGAGUUCCCGUCGCUGCGCGACCGACGUGAGCGUCGACUGAUCUUCAGUACCAUCGCGGCGAAGAUGUCCCUGUCUCCUGAGGUGGAUCUGGACUCUUUGAUUGUGCGCAACGAGCCUCUGUCUGGUGCUGUGAUUGCUGCUAUCAUGCAGGAGGCCGGUCUCCGGGCAGUGCGUAAGAACCGUUACAACAUCAUCCAGUCCGACCUGGAGGAUGCCUAUUCCGCCCAGGUGAAGAGUGGACAUGAUGACGACAGACUCGACUUCUACCGGUAA